UUCCUCUAGUCGUACCAAUUCUUAAAAAAGCUAAUUAUAAUAUUAAACCUAUUGCUGUUUGCCUGGGUGAUAACCAACCUUAUGUAGAAAAUGUUGUUCUGAGUGCGUCUAACUCUGCUACGUCAACACCUGCACCUGCACCUUCACCUACGAGUACAAAAAAUGCUGCCUCAUCUAAUAAAGCUAGCAGUAUUCCAUCAACUACAUCUAAUGCUACCAAGAU